UCUUGCUGGGGGAGCUGAGAGCCCAUAGUUUAGCACAUGAUGCAGAAAGCAGUCUAGCCAAUGCACUCUGCCGCCCUGCAUGAAUGAGGUGGAUCAGGUUGUGGACUACGAGCCCAAGGCUGCAGCCCACGAUGCGAGGGGCCGAAAGCGGGUCUCGAAGGGCCGGACGCAGAGCCCGCCCGAGCCUUUGUCUUUGGGCAUCGGUCAGAAUCAGAACGGAGCACCUGUGGGCCGUACCAGGCGGCCCAGCUUCAGCAAGCCGGCGCUGCCCCCCGAUGCGGUAGUGAACUCUCAGGGCUGGCUGAAGGAGGCUCCUCCACUUCACGGAGUGGCAGCCCUGACGGGCUUUGCGGACAAGUCCAGCUGCGGAAUGGGAGUCAGGGCUGAUGCCGCCAUCCUCACCUCGUCGGGGCCCGAGGAAGCUGUGCGUGGCUCGCAGGCACAGACGGUGGGCGUGCUACACGUUGCACCCUUGGCGGCCAACCCCAACUUUAGGCAACAGGCACGAAGACCGUCGAGAUGUGCUGGCGACUCAGCCGACGGCGGCCUCAAGUCCCUGACGGAGACACUCAACAAGCUGGAGGCAGACAAGGAGAGAUCCCUGAGCCAUGCCACAGUGUGCAAGAAGACCAGGGAAAAGCUGGCAGUGGUCAAAGCGUUCCAGCGGCCCGUGAAGGCCGAGAGCUUCGCUCUGGGUGGGAGGGGCAGGUCGGAGUCCAAGGGCGGCGGGUCGCGCGAGGCUUCGCUUUCGAGCCCAGGGAGGACGUCCUUGGGUGGGGGGAAGCCUGGAGGAGCAUCCAACGAAGCUGGAAAUGAUAGAGGCAGCAUCGCAGCUUCAAAUGACCCAUGCAGACAAUCCAAUGAUUCUGGCGUAAGGGCUGCAAAUGGCUUGGCAAAAGCAGCAGCAGAUACUGCGACAGAAGGUGGCAGAGAGACAUCGGGUGCUUUAGGAUCUGUUGGAGCCGCAGGAUCAGCGUCAUUUGCAUCAGGAAGUGGCGGAGGGGUGACUGGAGAGGCGGGAGCAGCAGAGACAACUGGAGAGACAGGAGCGACCAGAGAGGCAGGAGCGAACGGAGAGUCAGGAGCGACAGGAGGGUCAGGAGCGGCACGACACCCUGCGACAGCUGCAGCAGCGCGAGCGACUGGAGAGGCGGGAGCGACCAAAGAGGCAGGAGCGAAGGGCGAGGCAGGAGAAGCAAGAGACCCCGGAGCAGCCGCAGCAGUGGGAGCGACUGGAGCGGAAAGAGAGUUAGGAGGGCCGAGACAUCCAGGAGCAGCAGGAGGAGCGACUGGAGAGGCAGGAGCACCAAUAGCAGAAGGAGCUUCCGGAGAAGCAGGAGCGACGGGCGAGGCAGGAGCAACAAAACAUCCAGGAGAAGCAGCUGGAAUGGGACACAUGGAGGGAGGAGAGGCGGGAGCGGCACGAAUAGCAGAAGGCUCAGCUGCAGACCCAGCAUGCCAGGCAAGGGGGACAGACAUUCUGGCAGAGCCUGCGUCAGGCAGCUGCAGACCCAAGGGGGAAGAUGAACGGUCCCAGCCAGCCAUCGAUACUCUGAAAGAGCAAGAAGGCAGCAGCUCUUCGCUGGGCAAUGGUAUGGCUGCCAGGCCUGCAAAUGAAGCAGCCGGGUCAGCAAGUGCGAUUGGCCGCGCAGCAACGGCAGACUUGAGUCCACCAGCAAUGCCCGGCCCAACCAGCCCAACCGGUGAUGGAGCCAACGCAUUUGGUCAUGGCAGGCGCCCCUCGAAUGGUGAGGCUGGGAGCCCGGACAUGGACAAGUCCCUGAGUGCAUCGGGCAACAUCGGGAUUGACCUGAGCAGGCAGCGCCAGCCGAGUCUUGCUCAGGGCAGUGUGCAAGCUGCAGCCCUCCGGCGCCAAGCGAGCCCCGUUGCCCGGCGGCGCCAGAGCAGCCCUGGGCCGGCAAGUGCCAACGUCAAGGGCGUCAAGAGCGUCAAGAGCGACAAGGGCGACAAGGGCGACAAGGGCGACAUGUUUAGCGACCUGCAGAUCAGUGGGAGCAAAGCCCCCGACGCGGAGCUGCGGGGACCUGGCCGAGCCGCCCGCAAACGCUCUGGUAGCAAGGCGUCAGAUGGAGAGAUGGAGGGGGCUGGCGCGGCUGGUGGCACGGCUGGGAGAGUCCGCAGUCGGUCCCGAGGCCGCGCUCCCAGCGGGGAACGGCGUGACAGCAAUGCAUCGCACGCCUCCGAAGGCAGCCACUGCAGGGACGCCAACGGCGCGGGCAAGGCGAGCCCAGGUGCCGGAUCCGGUGUCCAAGGCUCAGCGGCUGCACGGGCCGCAAAUGGCAAAGAGGUGAAGGGUGCGAAAGGUGAAGGUGCCGGAGUAGGAAGCAGCUCAGCAGGAGAGACGGAGGAUGAGAUUCGACGAUACAGCUGGGAGGAUGAGCUGUACAAAAACUCUAGGAAGGAAGGCGAUGCGGGACAGACUGGAUCCACUCACGCAGGAGCUUGCAGAGAUCGACGAGGUGGAGCUGGCAGAUCUUGAAGGGGAGGUGUUGCUCGAAGAGCACACGAAGUCGCUGCGCCGGCUUUUGCUCGACAACAUAGAAGAAUGCCAGCACGAGGGUGACGAUGGUGACAGCGACGCUGAGGGCGAAGACAUGGGCGAGGCAAACACGGAGACGCCUGUGAAGCAGGUGUUCGACGUGGUCGCUACUGUGCGGGUCCGCUCAGGCGCGAAGCUGGUGACCCAGAAGAGCUUCGAGAACCUGCUGCUCACCUUGCAGGAGGUGGACAAGGCCGGAAAGCGCAAGGGUCGUCACAAGAUCCCCCUGAGUCAGGUCCGCGAAGCCUUUCUGGAGCAGAUCGCUUUGCAGAUCUCCAUGUCCAGCCGCUACGGGCUCUCCGCUGCAGAAGCGUCCAAGGGUAUGGUCUACGAGACCUUCCGCACCUGCAUGCACCGCCUCUUCUACAGACCACUGGAGACUGAAGAGGAAGUGAAGCGCUUGCUUUUGAAAAACCGGGGCGCGUAGCGCACUCGCCGGGGUCAAGCAGAAAACCUCAUGAGAACCUCAUGAGAGCGCAUGGCUUGCCUCCUUUCCCCCAACGAGUAACGUCUCAGGACCAGUCCUGAGCCAGACCCCAGCAACGCCAAAGUGCGACAGUUUUCACAGGCUCAAGGCAGGUGGAGUUUCGCCCUUCGGCGGCGACUAGUUUGAAGGCGUCCUAGACCCAAAAUGGGAGGCGUAGUUGUUGUUGCGUACGCGGUCAGACGCAAACUCUGCGAUUGACUAGGCCCGCAAUAAAGGCCAG